GUAAUUUCACACCUCUUUUAUGGGUCAUUCUUUGUAGAUUCUCCGCACACGCAUCUUUCUCGUCUCCUUUUUAAUCGCAUUUAUAAUCCCGAGAAGGCGAGGAGAACGGAACAACGAUCAGAGAGAUAGAGAGAGAGAGAGCUAUGGCGUUACGAAGCAGGAGGUUAGCGACACUUCUCCCCUCCAUUUCCGGCAGCUCUCGGGCCUGCAAUUCCGGUGGGGUUCAUCAGGGCUCGUAUCGGAUCGCGAGAACCGGUGCAUUGCUCAGCCGCUGGAUCUCCUCUGCUUCGUCAUCUGCGGCUGUUGUGGCGGAGGAUGAAUCUGGAGGGAUUUACGGAUUGGGAAGUGUAUUGAAGGAGUACGAAGAUUACAGGAGAUCUCUCUACGGUGAGUUCACGCACAAGGCGUUGCUCGUCGAUGCCGUUGGUACUCUCCUUGUUCCCGCUCAACCCACGGCUCAGAUAUACAAGAAUAUUGGAGAGAAGUACGGAGUUGAGUACUCGGAGGCUGAGAUACUGACCAGAUACAGAAGAGCUUAUCAGAAGCCGUGGGGCGGAUCUCAUCUCAGAUAUGUAGAUGACGCGAGACCUUUCUGGCAAUAUAUAGUGACUGCAUCAACAGGCUGUUCAGAUUCUCAGUACUUUGAAGAGCUUUACAGCUAUUUUACCACAGAACAGGCGUGGAAGCUAUGUGAUCCAGAGGCAGAGAAAGUGUUCAAGGCUAUUAAAAAAGCGGGUGUAAAAGUUGCCAUUGUGUCCAACUUCGACACUCGAUUAAGACCUCUCCUACGAGCACUGAGAUGUGAAAACUGGUUUGAUGCGGUGGCUGUUUCAGCAGAAGUUGAAGCGGAGAAACCAAACCCGACCAUCUUCUUGAAAGCUUGUGAGUUGUUAGGAGUGAAUCCUGAGGAUGCGGUUCAUGUAGGAGAUGACCGUAGGAAUGAUGUGUGGGGCGCUAGAGACGCAGGAUGUGACGCUUGGCUCUGGGGAAGUGAAGUUACUUCAUUUAAACAGGUUGCUCAACGGAUAGGAGUGAAGGUUUGAAGCAGAGCAAAUGAGAGAAAUGGUUCAGUCUUCAGACAUGUUCAGGCUUCAGUUUUAGCUCUCUUUUUUUUAUGAGCUGUUUUGUACAUUUGAUUUCUCCUUUUGUAGUAUAAUGUGUGUGAUAUAUAUGUUGCCGCUUAUGUAUAAAAGCAGAAAAUAAUAAAUCUUCAGGAUCGUUGUUGAUCCGAACAGAAGUCUAGUGUUUAUAAUAAAAAGUUACAUACUUGAACCUCGACAAUGUAUGAAGUAUUAUAAAAAACUUGUAAUCACAUUGGGAUGAUUAGUUUCAAAUUAUUUUCAUUUUCAGGUA